AUGCCUGCAAAAUCUAAUCUAAUCCGAGAUGAAGACGACCGUGCAGCAAAUAUAGACAAAUUCCUGGCCGUGCUGAAAGAUAAGGAGCAGGUGAAGUCUGCCAUGCAGCUGCCGAAGCAGGAGAGAGACAAGGUGUUCUCAAAGUUUAGGAAGGAAGGCAUAUACCGAGUAAAUAGAGAACGUAUCAAAGAUGACAACCCCAUUUAUGAAAGAGAAAAGCUACCAAAAUCAGGGAAUGAUGACAACCUUAAAAUGUGCAGUAACUGCAAGGGCUUUUACAGCUCACAUUUCUUCUGGCAUCACAGGAAAGUUUGCCAAGGUGAUAUAUGCACUCCAUCUGAAGGAGUACCAGUAAACCUCAUGGAAGGGAAAGAUCCUGUGUAUCAAAAACACCCAGACUUUGUCCCUGACAUACUUAGUAGAUUCCAGAAUGAUGACGUUGGGAAUACGUGUAGAACGGACAAAGUGAUAGUUAAUGUUGGACAUCGACUGUGGACUAAACACAGAUCCAAAAAAGACAAGAAACUUGAAGUAAGAAAGUCAGUUAUGGCUGAUAUGAGAAGACUUGCCACCUUAUACACUGAGUUUAAGAAGAAACACGAGGUUCAUGGGACUGCAGAUCUCACAAUGGGACAUGCUGGAGACAUGUUCAGUAGAGAACACUUCGAAUCUUUGACAGAGGUAAUCCAGAUGCUCACUUAUGGUGAAACUGAAGGCAAACUAAAGUCAGGACUGAAACUCUGCUUGUACUUUGUGCUGAAAAAAGCUAGCAAAAUCACUAAAGCUAGUUUUCUUGUAUCCAGGCUUGAUGAAGAUGCAUCUGAGAUUGACAAGUUCAUAGAGAUUCUUGACUUGAACCAGAAUUUGAUUUUUGGGAAUGCACACUACAAAAUCCAAAAGAAUCGCCAAGUGCGUUUGAGGAAGCCUGCAGAGCUCCCGCUUGAGGCUGACAUACACUCAAAAGAAAGUCACAGAAACCAUCUCUGA